AUGAGUGGACUACCAGAGAGAAGACUUUCGCAACGCUCUCGACGCCCAGCUAUCACCAGGGCUCUCGAUUACUUAAGCGGUGAAGGCCUAUCAUUGCCAGUAAGAAACAAUAAAUUUGAUAUAAAGCAUUUAGGAACCUCUUGAGCCCAGUGGUGAUGGAGACAACUCCUUCGACACACUUCCUCUCGCAGAGGACACCAUAACCGAAGGUAAGAUCUAAUGCAACCUAUACAUUAUCCGUAGUCCGGCGUGAACCUUCACUUAAUGAUCGAAUGGCGGACCUUGAGCACACAGUUGAAGUAAUGUGCCAACAUUUGGCACGAAACCAGGAUUUAAUCUUGGAAGGUAUCCGCCGUCUGGUGGGCGGUCAACGGGACUUGGAGUCAGCUGUUUCCCGACGGCCGACUACCAAUACCACGGUUGCCUCUAGGCUUCCCAUUAAUCCCAUAGGCAGCCCUUUAAGAACAGUGGCGGAUUUCCGUGCACUAAACGCGAGACUUGCGGACAGUGAAGUUCGCAGUCAAUUGGUAAAGACAGGCAAAUUGCAUUAUUACGUUUAUUAGGUUUCCUAUCUGGCCUGCCUUGGCGGCCGUUCACUGGACGACUUCACAAAGAGAGUGUAUUAUGCCCUAUUCGUGGAUGACAUCAGUCUCCACAUAAACUUCAAACGGCGGAAAAUGAAGGAGGGGCUAUCUGAUUCGCCAACCUACGGAGUCAUCAAGAGUACGUUCUCACUAAUUUUUGAUCACUGUUCUAUCCACAGAGGUCUUUGGCAUUUGGAAUGGAGACGGUAAGGCAACACUUGCCGAUCUCGGUGUCCGUUACAAAACGGCUUAAAAGGUCACUAGACAGUCUUUCAAAAAAGAUGCAAAAGAAUAUAAACGACACCCAGGCCAGCGGUAAGUGUUCCUCAAUUACCAAUUAUACACUACUCUUUAAUGUAGAUCUAACACCGGGAUCUUCAACGGGCAGCUGCACAAGUUCAAUGACGGAUAGCCCUAAUACAGAGCAAUUAAAGGAGAAAUAAUAAUGUACAUAUUUAUUUUUUUAAAUAUACUUCUACCAAUUCAUACGACUUUCGAUCGUGGAGGGUACUUGGCGCUAUUUUAUACGCUUGUCCUCGUAACUAAGACUACGGUACAUGAUUUAGGAGGAGGGGAAGGGUAGAUAGAAUCAAUAUAGGUCUAUUUAGUAUAAAACGGAGGUGUUUCCGUGGGAAAUGGGGUCGUGUAAACUGCAAUCCGUGCCGCUACCGUCGUUUUUCGAGUAUAUCGAAAAAACGCUAUCUACCCGCUAUCGAGGCGAUAUACUCUUGCUACUAGGGACCGUAGCUGCCAUUCCGAACUACGUAGUUCGUUUAUUAAUAAAUAGGAUGGGAAGUGCGAAGAAGAGGUCGCUAAGGAAGGGCGUCCCGCAGCUGCAUAGCGCCGUAUCGCGACUUUUCGCCAUUGCUUCCAUAGCGACCACAUGGACAAAAUCCACUAUAAAUCGGUCAUUGUAUCGCGACUUUUCCACAGAGAGGCGCCGUCACCACGCUAUGGAAUUGUUACUAGGGUCGACAUACAUUCGCCGGACAAAACGCCAUCCACUCGAUAUAUGUAUAUCGAAAAUACGCAAUCUACCCACUAUCGAGGCGAUAUACGCUCGCUACUAGGGUACGGAACUUGUCGAUAUCGGCACUGGAGGAGGCCCUCUACUACUUUAAUGGAGAAGGCAUAUCAUCGCCUGUAAGUCUUAUGACUUUACGCAGUUCUGAUUUCUAGGAACUAAACGAGAGCCAUAUUGAGAUGGACGACUCCGAUGACACCCUUCCCUCAAGGGAGCAAAUGCGGGUCGAGGGUAAUAAAAAUUCUUUCUAUUGACCUAUCUCACAGAGUGGCAGGAACCAGUGCCUAAUGACAGAAUGGCAAAUUUGGAAAGGGCCUUGGCCCUACUCAUUCAGCACAGUGCAAGGCUGUCCAAAAAGAUGGACCUGAUCCUUGACAGUAACCGCCGCUUGCACGGCCGUUUGCGGGAGUUAGAGGCAAAGGUGCUUCAAAGGCCACCAGCGCCGGCGGCUGCACCGCUGCCCCAAAACCCCAUAAAGCAGCCUAUGCGGACGGGAGCGGACUUCCGCCACCUGAAUGCACUAAUGGAGGACAAUGCAAUAAGAAACCAACUUGUAGGCUGUCCGUUUAUUAUCUACACAAAAAAUUAG